GCCAUUAUGGAUCCAAGUUGAACAUUCCAAUGAUAGUAGUGAUACCGCAAUCAAUGAAUGAUGAAAGAAAUAAAUUAUUGGCUCAAUAUAAAAAUUUACCUAUAAACGUAAUCGCUUAUGGUCGCAAUAUGUUGGAAGUUCACAAAUUCGCUGUAUCCCUUGCCAUUUCGUCUAAAUUAUUUUAUCUUGAUCUAAAUGAUAAUCCGUAUAUGAUUAUUGGUCAAGCCACUAUGGGAUUAGAAAUGAUGCAACAGGUACAUAAUAUUGAUGCGGUGAUAUUGCCAACAACAAUUGAUGGUUGCAAUUUAACAGCGGGUAUUGCCCUAGCUAUCAAAGAACAUAAUUCAAAGGUGCAAGUUAUUGAAGUUCAAGUCGUUGAUGUUGAUUAUUGGAUAGAAGAAGUUAGAAGCAGUACAACUUUAUGUAAUGAAUUAAAUUUUAAAUCAUUAUUUGCAACAGAGCGUAAAGCUUGUAUUCUUGAAAAUUUACCGGAUUGCUUGUUCGAUAAGGUUAUUACGAUAAAUCGAAGAAUGAGCACUAAUGCAUUAAAAUAUCUGUCAAAAUCUGAAGGUCUCCGUGACUAUCAUGCAGCGAUUGCUUUAGUACCAAUUUUAACUGGUCAGCUUGACGAGUUAAAGGGAAAAAGCAUAUUAAUACCUCUAUACGGCGUGACGGAUUCGAUUACUUCGAUUCACUUGUUUGAAUGACAUGAAUUUCUUUCUUGGACGAAUUCAACAAAGGAAGGAUGAAGUAUAAAGAAUUACUAAUGUC